AAUCAAAUAUUAGGCCGCCGUGUCGUUGUAUAUUUGGAUCCGGAAGACGACGUGUCGACUACAAAGUCAGCUUUCGGUAACCUCGGCUGGAUUUUGAAUUGGCGUCAGAAGCGAAAGAAAAAUUGAACAUAUUAGGAGCCCUAAUUGCAGAGAAACGCCUGCUUCUGAGUUCGAAACUCGAAGAGACAGAGGAAGAUGGGGAAGAAACAGCACAGUAAAGACCGUUUGUUCAUUACGAAAACUGAAUGGGCCACCGAAUGGGGUGGUGCCAAACCUAAGGACUCUCAAACCCCUUUCAAACGACUUCCUUUCUAUUGCUGCGCGCUUACAUUUACACCCUUCGAGGACCCUGUAUGUACCGCCGAUGGCAGCGUCUUCGAGAUAAUGAAUAUCAUCCCUUAUAUCCGAAAGUAUGGUAAAAAUCCUGUUACUGGAGCUACCUUGAAGCAGGAGGAUCUAAUUCCACUCAUUUUCCACAAAAAUUCUGAAGGCGAGUUCCAGUGCCCUGUACUAAACAAAGUUUUUACCGAGUUCACUCACAUAGUUGCUAUAAAGACCACUGGAAACGUCUUCUGCUAUGAGGCAAUUAAAGAAUUAAAUGUCAAGACAAAAAACUGGAAGGAGCUUCUAACUGAUGAACCGUUUAGUAGGGAAGAUAUUAUAACCAUUCAGAACCCUAGCGCCCUUGAUAGUAAGGUCCUCCUGGAUUUUGAUCAUGUGAAAAAUAGCCUGAAAGUUGAUGAUGAAGAACUCCAGAAAAUGAAAUCAGAUCCAGCAUAUAACAUAAAUGUGUCGGGAGACAUCAAGCAGAUGCUGGAGGAGCUUGGAACUGAGAAAGGAAGGCAAACUGCACUUCAUGGGGGAGGUGGUGGCAAGGCACAGAAAGAAAGGGCGGCUGCACUUGCCGAUAUUUUAGCUGCUAGGUCACGCAUCAAAGAGGAUACCAAGGCAAAUGCCAAAGGGGAGGAGAAACCUACUCAGGCAUACAGUAUUGUGGAUGCUGCAUCUGCUUCAGUACAUGGAAGAAGUGCAGCUGCUGCGAAAGCUGCACCAACUGAAAAAACUGCUGCUCGAAUUGCGAUGCACAUGGCGGGUGAGAGGGCACCGGUGAAUGCAAAGAUGGUAAAGAGUCGUUACACUACUGGUGCUGCAUCCCGAUCCUUCACGUCUACAUCUUAUGAUCCUGUUACAAAGAAUGAACAUGAAUAUAUCAAGGUUGAGAAAAAUCCAAAGAAGAAAGGCUAUGUACAGUUGCAUACAACACAUGGAGAUUUGAAUAUUGAAUUGCAUUGUGAUAUUACUCCAAGGACGUGUGAGAAUUUCAUUACACUUUGUGAAACUGGCUACUACAAUGGAGUUGCUUUUCACAGAAAUAUAAGGAAUUUUAUGAUUCAAGGUGGUGAUCCUACUGGUACUGGGAGAGGAGGCGAAUCUAUAUGGGGAAAGCCCUUCAAAGAUGAACUUAACUCCAAGUUUCUUCAUUCUGGAAGGGGUGUUGUCAGUAUGGCAAAUAGUGGCCCCCACACUAAUGGCUCCCAGUUCUUUAUUCUCUAUAAAUCUGCCAACCACUUAAACUUUAAGCAUACAGUAUUUGGUGGCGUUGUUGGUGGUUUGACUACUUUGGCAGCGAUGGAAAAGGUUCCUGUUGAUGACAAUGAUCGGCCUCUGGAGGAGAUCAAGAUAACAAGUGUCACAGUAUUUGUCAAUCCAUACUCAGAACCCGAUGAAGAAGAGGAAAAGCAGAAGGACGAGAAGAAUGUUGAAGAUGAAGAAAAUGACAAGGUUGGAUCAUGGUAUAGUAACCCAGGCACCGGAGUAGCUGGAGAUGGAGCUGGCGGUGGUGGUGUAGGGAAAUAUUUGAAAGCAAGGAAUCAAGUCAAAUCCCCUGCAGUUGAUGCUAGUCUAAGAGAAACAACCUCAACCAAGAAAAGGACAGCCGCCGGAGAAUUCAAAGACUUCUCUUCGUGGUAAGAGUUCCAUAUACCCCAAUUUAGAAGAGGGCAUAGGUUUUACAGCUGGCCCCGAGUUACUGUUAAAAGUUUACAAGUUAUUGAAAAAGGGGGCGUGUAAAAAAAAGGGUGCAUGUGACCUAUUGAAUGUUGGAAUGCAUUACUGACGACGAAA